AUGGCCACCACUUCUGCAGCUGCCGUUCCAACAACUACCACCUCUGCCGCCGCCGCACCCACUACCACCACCACCUCCACAAGUGCCGGAGCCGCUCUCCCGACCGGCUUCUCGGCUCUUGGCUGCUUUAUCGACAAUGGCAGCGGUGGUCGUGUUCUGCCCAUCGCCAAUGGAACAUCGUCCACCAACACUCCCGCUCAAUGUGCUAGCAGAUGCCGUGGUCUUGGCUACCGGUUCUCUGGCACGGAGUACAGCAACGAGUGCUACUGUGGCAAUGUCCAGCCGACCACCAACACUGCUUCCUCGCAAUGCAACAUGGCCUGUGCCGGUGACAACACGCAAUUCUGUGGCGCGGGCAACCGCAUCAACAUCGUCCAGGAUCUUAACUGGGUGCAGACUUUCUUUGCUCGUCCUUCCUUCCAGACAUGGAACCUGAUGGCCUGCUACGUGGACUCCGCCAGCGCUCGCACUCUGCCCAACGCCAUCAACCUCGGCGCCACCGGUGGACCGAACAAUGCGACAAUCGCCAACUGUCUGUCAGCUUGCGCUGCGGCGGGCUACACCUACUGUGGUGAAGAGUACUACGCAGAGUGCUACGGUAGCAACACCGCUCCCUCAGCAUCUUCAGUCGCGCCCGGAUCCAGCGACCCAUUGGCUGCGGGAUGCAGCUUCCCAUGUCGGGGUAAUUCGACCGAGGCCUGCGGUGGAGCCAACCGUGUGUUGGUGUACGUCAACAACGGCACUUCCACUACCACUGCAACUCGUCAACGAAGACACCCGAGAAAUCUGUGGUAG